AUGAAAGGGACAAAUUCUAGCAACCCGGCAGGGUUUAUCUUGCUGGGCUUCUCUGAGCAGCCCCGGCUGGAGAAGGUCCUCCUUGUGGCCAUCUCCAUCAUAUAUGUACUGACACUGGUGGGGAACACAGCCAUCAUCCUGGUCUCCUUCUUGAACCCCAAGCUGCACACGCCCAUGUACUUCUUCCUGUCGAAUCUGUCCUUCCUGGACCUCUGCUUUACAACGAGCAUUGUCCCACAGAUGCUGGUGAAUCUCAGGGGCCCCGAGAAGACCAUCAGCUACACGGGCUGUGUGCUCCAGCUCUAUGUGGCGCUGGGGCUGGGCUCCACUGAGUGCAUCCUCCUGACGGUGAUGGCUUAUGACCGCUUCAAUGCCAUCUGCCGCCCCCUGCACUAUGGCGUCAUCAUGCACCCCAGGCUGCUCCGGCAGCUUGCAGCUGUGGCCUGGAGCAGUGGUUUUGUGGAGUCCACGCUUCAGACCAUCCUCGUCUUCCAGCUGCCUCUCUGCAACCACCACAGGGUGGAUGAUUUCAUGUGUGAGGAGCCCGCCCUGAUUAAAAUUGCCUGUGUGAACACCACCUUCCUGGAGAACGAGCUCUCCAUAGCCAUCGUCCUCUAUGUGGUCAUACCGCUGGGGCUGAUUCUGGUCUCCUACGGCUGCAUCGCCAGGAGCGUGCUGAGAAUAAGGUCCACGGAAGGCCGGAGGAAAGCGUUUGGGACCUGCGGGUCCCACCUGCUGGUUGUGGUUUUGUUCUUCGGGACUAUAAUUUCUGUCUACAUCCAACCCAAGAGCGAGUACACGCAGAACCACAGUAAAUUCCUCACCCUCUUCUAUACUGUAGUGACGCCCUCGCUUAAUCCUCUCAUCUACACGCUGAGAAACAAGGAGGUUAAGUGGGCUCUGAGGAGACUGCUGUGGAGGGACCCACAUCAGGGACAACCGUGA